CAACACUCUUCACUCGUUCCAGGACAACCUCUAUCUCAUCUCAAAACCUCGUCUAGUACAGCCCUCUCCUCUCAACUUAGCCAUCAUCACCACCAUAAAGAUGUUCUUUUCCAAGGUCCUCAGCAUCGUCGCCCUGGCUGCUGCCGCCAGCGCCCAGAGCUCCGUCAGCGUGUCCUACGACACCACCUACGACAACUCCGCCCUCGACCUGAACACCGUCGCCUGCUCAGACGGCGCCAACGGCCUGGUCACCAAGGGCUACACCACGGCGGGUUCGCUGCCAGACUUCCCCUAUAUCGGAGGUGCCCCUGCCGUCACUGGGUGGAACUCUGCGAGCUGCGGAACCUGCUGGACGCUCGCGUACAAUGGAAACUCUAUCAAUGUGCUUGCUAUCGAUGUUGGCGAGGGCGGGUUCAACAUUGCAGAGGCAGCGUUGAACUUCCUGACGAAUAACCAGGCUGUGGCUCUGGGUCGGAUCACUGCCACUGCUACGCAGGUCGAUGCUAGCGUGUGUGGUCUGUAGAUAGGGGAAGGAAAAGGGGUGGAAAGCCUUCAGAGAGCAAUUGAAGGAAGGAGGGGGGCCGAUUCCGUUGAUGAGCUGCAUACAAGUAACGGCGUUUGGACCCUGUAAUGGAUGAUGAUUGAAGUCACAUCAUGAUAUGUAUAUAGCUUUCAUCAGCAUAAUAAUCUGGACAUUUUUCGUGAG